AUGGCUCAACGUAGACGACAAUUGAAUGUUGAUUUAAAUUAUUAUGAACUUCCGACCACAAUAACGCGGAUAGAUACGAUUCGCGAAAAGUUGAUCCGAGAGCUUUCUCAACAAUAUCCCGAUCUUUCCAACGUAACUUCAAAGGAACUUUCACUAUUUCUUGGCCAAUUUCAAAAGUUUCAAGAGGAUGCUUUAGGGCGUUUAACUCCACGAUUUGAUAAGAUUCCUCCAAAAAUCCCUGCAAAGCUAUUUAAAUUAGAACCAGCGCCUGGUCUUAACUUACCGAUCUAUCAUACUAUUCGUACAGCAUAUAAAUUUCGAGCACAAAAAAAAUGGAAACGUUGGGAUUGGGAACUUAACCGAAAUGAGUUGAUAGAAAUGGUAAAACAGAUCAGAACUCAUUUGGAGUCUAAAGGAUUUAUUAGAAAAUUUAUGAUAUUACUUGGAGAAUCUGUAGCAGGAGGUACACAUAGACAAGAACUAAUUGAACAUAUAAAUAAUUUAGGAGGGCAAGUAACUCAUGACCUUACAAGGGCGACACAUAUUAUACAUGCCACGAAUGAGCAUAAUUAUGAUGCAGACGAAGAGUGGUAUAGAACUUUAGAAAAAAAGGAUGGUAAAGUUUUGUUGCAUUGGUGGUACUACCCAGAUUCGUAUGACUCAUGGCUGGACGAAGGAGAGCAUGCAGAUCCUGAACCAAAUCCCAUUCAUCAUGGUCCCUGGAAUGUAUCAGAGCGAUGGCUCAGAGAUAGUGCCGAAUUCAAUGAAUGGAUGAACGAAGAAGACUACGAAAUAACCGAUUCAAAAUUGAAUGCUGAAGAACAUUCUGGCAUUUCAGAGUCAGAAGCUUCGCCAACGAAUAAACGAAACUUGGAUUCUUUAGAAUCACCUUCGAAGAUGGAGGUUGAUGUUCGUCCCACAAUAGGUGCUAAACGUCCGAGAUUAAGAUCACCAGAUCAUGAUACUGUACCGGAACAUCCAAAUAUGUCACUCGUAGAUAUUGAACAGGAGGCAUCACGUGCUGGAGGAAUUCGUGCAAAGAAAAACGAAUUUGACCCUGUGAUUGGUGGAGAAAUUGCAAAUAUUUCUCAAUUAGUUCCAGCCGAAAGAUCUACUAAUGAAGAUGCACAACAAAAUCUUGAAGAUCCUGAAGCUGUAGACGAGAAUGUAGAUACGGUUAAUAUAACGUCAAACAUGGAAGGAGUUCGAAUUCCUGCUAACAAUAAUAACAUUGAUGUUGAAAUGACCGAGCAAGACCAAAAUAAUAUAUCCAGUGGACGUGCCGAGCAUAAAGUUUCAACUAAUCCUGCAGCAAAAGAGUUAGAUGAAGAUGAACACAUGGCAACCGCAGAUGAUAAUAGACAAAUAGAUGAUGAUACAAAUGAACCCUUGUCUGAUACCGUUAUCCCCCAAGAGGUUCUUUCCGCAAAUGAUGAAGAUGAAAAGAAACGACUUGAAGAAGAAGCCCGAAAGUAUUUAUCAGAACAAACACAAGAAAUUGUGAUUCCUUCAUACUCUGCAUGGUUCAAUAUGUCAACCGUUCAUCCUAUUGAGAAAAAAUCUUUGCCAGAGUUUUUCAAUAAUAGAAACAAGUCGAAAAAUCCCAGUAUAUAUAAAGAAUAUAGAGAUUUUAUAAUAAAUACUUAUCGUCUUAAUCCAGGUGAAUAUUUGACAGUCACAGCCUGUCGCAGGAAUUUGGCGGGUGAUGUGUGUGCAGUUAUUCGUUUACAUGCUUUCUUAGAACAGUGGGGUUUAAUUAAUUAUCAAGUUGAUCCGGAUACUCGACCAUCUCCAGUUGGACCUUCAUUCACAGGACAUUUUCGUAUCACAGCAGAUACGCCAAGAGGACUUCAACCUUUUCAACCACUUGGACCUUCGACUGCCUUAUCAAAUUCUGUUGCGACUACAUCUACAGUUAACACAAUAUCUAGUAUGGCUAAUGAACCAUCAAUCACUGCGAAUCCAAAAGUUGAUAAAGUUUUUGGUAUCCGUCAAAAUGUUUAUCAAUCUGGAAUGAAUAUGGUUGCUACUCCUGGCUCACAAGAUGAAACUGGGAGUGUUGCUGCUGAUUCGGGAUCGAAUGAACAAAAACAAUACCAUUGCGUUACGUGUGGCGUUAAUUGUACUCGCGUUCGUUAUCACAGUGUGAAGACUCAAAAUUUUGAAUUGUGUACAAAUUGUUAUUUGGAAGGACGAUAUCCUACAUCAAUGUAUAGUGGCGACUUCUUGAAAAUGGAGGAAACGCCAUUCAAGCAUGCUCAAGAUGACGAUUGGACAGAACAAGAAAAUUUGGAUCUUUUGGAAGGUGUAGAAUUAUACGAAGAUGACUGGAAUAAAAUUUCUGAACAUGUUGGCACUCGUACUCGGGAACAAUGCAUUUUACACUUUUUGGAAUUCCCAAUCGAGGAUCCUCUUAAUGAAACUAAAAUGUCAGAUCUGGGGCCACUUCAAUAUCAACGUAUACCUUUCAGUCAAGCGGAUAAUCCUGUUAUGUCAGUGGUUGCUUUCUUAGCAUCAGUAGUCAACCCAGGCGUCGCGGCAGCUGCUGCAAAGUCUGCGCUGAAAGAACUAUCUCUUCAUAAUAAGAAAUCUGCAAACAAAGAAAUAAAUGGCGUCAAUGGCAUAAGGUCUGGCGAGCCAAGUGAAACAGCUGCAAGCACACCAAUGGCUGAUGUUAAAAUUGGGGAUGAAAUGGAUACGGAGGGAGCAACUGGGCUAAAACCAGAUCCAGAACAGACUCCUGAAGAAGCAGCGACCUCUGAUUCAGUCCCUCGCCAGAAGUUAUUAGAAAGAGCUGGUGCAACAGCAAUGGGCGCAGCUGCUGCAAAAGCUAAAGUACUUGCGGACUAUGAAGAACGGGAAAUUCAACGCCUUGUCAAUGCAGUUAUCGAAAAUCAAUUGAAAAAACUCGAGCUUAAACUUCAACAAUUUGAAGAAUUGGAAAAUGCUCUCGAGAACGAAAAGAAAGAACUAGAGAAGCAGCGUCAAUUGUUAUAUAAUGAACGUUUAGCAUUUAAAAAAAACACUAUAAUUAUGCAGGACCAAUUAAGAAAUGUACAAGCUAGCAGUAGUGGUCCGAAACCUCCAACAAGUGGGCAUGGUUAUCUAAAUUCAAGCAAUAGUCGGAUUAUAUCAAAGAUCGAGUAUCAACAGCAACAGCAGAUUCGACAGCCAGUUGGACCAUUAAGUCAAGAGCAAGGAAGUGAUGAUCCUGUUCUGAUGAACAUUUAA